CGCUCAGCCGCGGGCUCCGGAGCGGCCAGCCGGCACCGCAGGGUCUUCCGUGGGAGGGGCGGGCUCCGCGGCCGGCUCGCUCCGCAGACCGGGCUUUCCCGCAGGUGCUCCCGCUCUUCUUGCUCCCAGCGGCCCCUCCCUUCAUUCAUCCCGGCGACUGUCCUCCCCGGCGUCCGCGCCUGCGCUCCUUCCUUGGGCGUCUGCUGCAGGCGCUGUUUGGGGCAUUGCAAGCACAGCCGUGCACUCAGUGACCCGAACUCCCUGCCCUCCAGAGCCGAGGAGCCGAGAAUUAGGGAGGGAGGGACCGACCAGACGUCACCGACGCUGAACUAGAGUAAUUUACCGUGUCGGGAAGUGGGCGAGCGCUGUUGGAAAAAAGAGGAAAGGUAAAGCCAGGUAAGGCGUCUGGGUUGGAAAGAGAGCAGGUGGCGACCCUAGUAGGGCACCGAGAGUCGAUCUCGGGAAGAAGCCAGACCAUUUGCCGUGAGGAUUGCUUGAGGUGCAGGGACAGCGGGUGCAAAGGCCCUGAGCUGGAAGCCAAGGGUCUGUGCGCGUGAGGUCGGUUGAAGGAGGAGACGAGUAGGAGCGGCCCUCAGCCCAUCUGUGGGUGUGUGUCCCCGCCCCUGGGAGACCAGCUUUAUUCUGAGUAAGAGGCAGAGAUGGCCAGAAGGAAUGGGCGCAUUUAUACAGCUUUGUACAGCACCGCUUUGAGUAAACUGGAGACUGGGAGGCUUUAAACGGAGGUGAAAUAAUCCAGCUUAGUGUUAAGCCUACCCGUCCAACCGUUGUAUUGAGAAGAGGCAGAAGGGAAGGACAGACGCAGGGAGACCACUAGGAAGCAUGGAGAGCAAGGCGGCGGAUGGCGGCCUGGACCAGGAUGGUAGCUGUGGAGGUUCUAUUCCAGAUACGUACCAUUUUCAGUUUGUCUUCCUGGGCUCCCUCAUCUCCCACAGAUAACCCCCAGCCGCUUCUCCCUGUGUUCGCGGGCGUCUUUUCCUUUUCGUGGAAUACUCAGGAAGACCAGGGGUGAGACCGCAGCUAGCGCCAUGCUGCUCAGAAACCCCGAAUCCGGGGCACUGUGUGACACAUCGGGCCAAAUACCAGCUGGCCUGUGGGUCAGCAGGAGCCUUUUGGCUGGCAUCCCCCAGGCCACUUCCAGACUUGUCUGGGCAAAGCCAGAACUGACUCUGGGAUUUUGACCCAAACAGCAGGGAAGAAUCUGGACUGCGGGGGAAGACUGUAAGGAAAGCCGGGUGAUGGUGUCACAUGAGAGUCCAGGCCCUCCACGCCAGCUGCCUGGGACCCCUGAUGCUGAGCUCCUGCAGGAAAGAGCCCGGCCGGCGCCGCAGCCCCGCGCGUCUGCCCCGGAGGGAGGCCGGGCAGCCCCGCCAGGAGCGAAGAGCGCGGGGGACCGCGGGCGCGCGCGGCCUCGGGACUCGGUGGCGUUUGAGGACGUGGCCGUGCGCUUCAGCGGCGGAGAGUGGCGGCGUCUGACCCGCGCUCAGCGGCGCCUCUACGCGGCCGUCAUGCUGGACAACUACGGGCUGGUGGUCUCGCUCGGCUUCGCUGGCCCCAAGCCGCCUCUCAUCUCCUGUCUGGAGCGGGGCGCCGAGCCCCGCGUUCACGAUCUGCAGGACUGGGGGCUCCUGAGCUGCUCCUUCCCAGUGUCAGCGGACCGGACCCGGCCCGGGACUGACAGGGCAAGUUCAGAGCAGGAGGUGUCUAAGGGUGGGGAAGUCGGCGGCGUCCUGUCCGGGCACCCUGAGGCUGGAGGAGCUUGUGUCCAGGAUGUCAAGUCGGAGAACGCACGGGACCCGGCCGGGGUGGACACACUGGGAGAGGAGAAGGGGACCCUCGAGGAAGGAAGGGCCUGGGCGGUGCUCGCCAACCACUUGAGCGCAGACUCCAAGUGCACCCCACGCACCCGAGCCCUGACCGCACGGAGCCCCCGCCCAGGUGCCACGCGCGGCCAUACCUUCCCGCUUCUCCACGGGCGCGUCGGUGCUGGCGAGAAGCCCCACGCGUGUCACGAGUGCGGGAAAGCGUUCAAGACCAGAAAGCAGCUGCGUGUGCACCGCGUCACGCACACGGGGGAGAAGCCCUUCCGCUGCGCGCAGUGCGGGAAGGCCUUCAGCAGCCCGUCGGCGCUCUGCCGGCACCGCAAGGCGCACGGCGGGGAGAGGCCGCACGGCUGCGGCGCGUGCGGAAAGGCCUUCGGCAGCGCGAGCCGGCUGCGGCGGCACCAGCGGGUCCACAGCGGCGAGCGGCCGCACGAGUGCGCGGUGUGCGGCAAGGCCUUCCGCUUCCGGCACUGCCUCACCCUGCACGGCCGCACGCACACCGGGGAGCGGCCGUACGCGUGCGGGCAGUGCGGCAGGGCCUUCCGCGGCAGCUCGGACCUCGCCAAGCACGGCCGCGUCCACAGCGGCGAGCGGCCGUACCCGUGCCGCGCGUGCGGGAGGGCCUUCCGCCGGAGCUCCGACCUGCGCAAGCACGCGCGGACGCACGCGCGGGAGCCGGCCGCGGGCUGUCCCCAGUGCGGCGGCCGCCCCCCGACGGCCCACGCCCCCGAGAAGCCCUACCCGUGUGGGCGGUGCGGCUGCGCCUGCCGCCCCCGGGGCCGGCGCGGGGCUCCCGAGCGCGCGCGCCGGGGCGAGAAGCCGCACCCGUGCGCGCACUGCGGCAAGGCCUUCCACGAUCGGCACGGCCUGGCCGUGCACCAGCGGCUGCACACCGGCGAGAAGCCGUUCGCCUGCCCCGAGUGCGGGAGGGCCUUCCGCGGGAAGUCCAACCUGACCAACCACCGGCGGAUCCACACCGGCGAGAAGCCGUACGCGUGCGAGGCGUGCGGGAAGGCCUUCCACCAGCGCUCGGGCCUGACGCAGCACCGCCGGAUCCACAGCGGGGAGAAGCCCUACCCCUGCCGCGAGUGCGGCGCCGCCUUCCGCCAGCGCGCCGCCCUGGUCGGGCACCAGCGGGUGCACACGGGGGAAAAGCCCUACGCGUGCGAGCAGUGCGGGAAAGCCUUCAGGGUGAGCGCGAACCUCACGGGACACAAGAAGAGGCGACAUCGAGGAUGGCGAGGCCACGCGCCUGGGGAGGGUGAGAAGGCCCCCUUCCCCGGGACCUGUCUGACCUCCUCCGUAGGCGGGGUUUGACCCGCAGCCCCUGUGGAUGCCGUCUGUGUUGGUGCUUUGCGUUCUCCUUCCGCCCCGAGCCUGGUUCUUCCCGGCUUGCUGCCCCCGACUCCCCCGACUGAGCUCCCCGGAGCCUGACCGCCCUGGGCAAUGUUAGGGCGAGCACCUGCACUGCCGAUCGGGAAUGCCGGUCAGUAAUGAUAGCAAUGAUAGUAAUGAUCGCCUAGCCUCGGAGCACGCCAGCCACUCUUCUAAGGGCUGUGCAGUGCCAACUCGUUGACUGCAUAAAACAUCUCUACAGGAUGGGGAAAUUAGGGCAUAAAAAGAUGAAACCUGCUCAGGAUCACUUAGCUACUAAGUUCUGCAUAACCACCCACCCCGGCCCUGCCAGGCUCCGGCCUGCACCCCUCCAUCUCUUAGAUGUGUGGUUAACAGCUCAGCACGGAGCACGUUUUAGUUCAUAAAAUAUUGAUCAGUUUUAGCAAGGUUUUGGUUUCGUUUUAACUUAAAGACUGAAUGGUACUUUUCCAUGUGGGCUCAGAAUUGCUGAGACCGGGAUGGGAAAGGAAGACAGGGCAGGGCAGAUUUAGAAAUCAUAGAUAAGUGGGAUCUAGCUAUGCGCUGCUCCAGUAACAAUUUACAUAUGGAAAGACCACUUUGUUAUAAACACAUCAAAAUGUCACUAUGUUGAUUUCUUAAAAUUUGCUGUAUUUAUUUGCAUGACCUAUGAAAUGCUCUUUAAAAUGUAUGAGAAACUUGGAUCUAUCUUUCCAAGUCUUUCAGUAUCUUUUAACAGACACCCUUUCUCUUUCAAACGUUACAAGUAUUUUUUACAGACAGAAUUAAAAUAAAUAACCACAGCCAA